GAAGGCUCAGAAUGGUAAGCAAUGUCUUCGCUGGACAAAUCUAUGCCCUUCCUUGUUGUCCUCACGUUUGUGCUCAUCAAAUUCAAGCCCAUCGCUUGCCAACCAACCUACAAUGACCAUGUCUGUUUACGCCCAUCUAAUGAUACAGCAAACUCUACUUUUGGUCCCAAUCUUGCCACACUUUUAGAUUCUUUAUCCUCUGAAGCAUUCCUCAACAAUAGCUUCUACAAGAAUGGCUCCAACGGCAUCUUUGCCCUUUUUCUCUGCCGGGGCGAUGUUUCGAGCAGCUCCUGCCAGUCCUGCAUCGAGAAUGCAACUCAAACGCUCCCCAAUCGAUGCCUGUCCAACCGGGAAGCGAUCAUAUGGUAUGACGAGUGCAUGCUGCACUACUCAGAUGCCGACUUCUUUGGAGUGAUGGCGACAUACCCAAGGGUCUUCAUGUGGAAUGUCCAGAACAACACAUCGCCCAAUGAUCCAGAUGUCAGCGCUCUCGCUUUGAUAUACAAUCUAGCGGCUAACGUUCCGUAUACUUCUAUGAUGUAUGAAGUGCAUGAAUCCGAUAGAGGCAACAGCUCACAGCAAAGAUAUGGACUUGUGCAGUGUAGUAGAGACAUCAAUAGUACUCAGUGCGAAUCUUGUUUGGCUCAGCUGACAGACGAUAUCAAGCAGUGCUGUGAAGGGAAAAAGGGUUGGCGAAUUCUGAGCCCGAGCUGUAAUCUCCGAUAUGAGGAUUACCUUUUCUAUCAGCAACAGGCGGCUUCACCUCUUCCGAGUUCAUCUACAGAUAAAGGAAAGGGACGGAAAAACACAACGAAGAUCAUAGCCAUUACUCUGUCACUGAUUUUGGUAGUGGCAUCACUUCUGGUGUCUUGUUACUACUUAUCCAGGCAUAGAAAGAGUCGGCAAAGAGAUGGAGAAACAAGUGAAGAUACACUUUUGCGAAGCAUGGAGGAUUCUGCGCACAGGACGAGCUUGAAGGAGAGAAGCGCACCCAAUGGAUACCAAGACGAAAGCGGCGAGAUACGCUAUUUUGACCUGCCUACUAUACUAACAGCUACAAACAAGUUCGCCGAUACUAAUAAACUUGGAGAAGGUGGCUUUGGGCCAGUCUACAAGGGCAAGCUACUUGAUGGGAAAGAAAUUGCAGUCAAGAGGCUUUCGAUGAGAUCGAGCCAAGGCAUUGAAGAGUUCAAGAAUGAAGUGAUGCUCAUUGCUAAGCUUCAACACCGAAAUCUAGUGAGGCUAUUGGGGUGCUGCUUAGAGCGAGGCGAAAAGCUUCUUGUAUACGAAUACCUAGCAAACUGUAGUCUUGAUGCCUUCCUAUUUGAUCCGGUGAAAAGGAGCAAAUUAGACUGGACAAAGCGUGCGCACAUUAUCAGGGGAAUAGCAAGGGGCCUUAUGUAUCUGCAUGAGGAUUCUCGGCUCAAAAUCAUCCAUCGAGAUUUGAAAGUGAGCAAUGUGCUAUUGGAUAACGAGAUGAACCCGAAGAUAUCAGAUUUUGGCACUGCUAGAAUUUUCGAAGGCAAUCAAAUUGAAGCUAACACUAACAAGAUCGUUGGGACAUAUGGGUACAUGGCUCCAGAAUAUGCUAUGGAAGGGCUAUUUUCAGUGAAAUCCGAUGUCUAUAGCUUUGGGGUUUUACUGCUCGAAAUCCUUAGUGGACGAAAGUGCAGCUCUGUUUUUAAUAACUGUGAUCAUGGUCAGAGCCUAGUAUCAAGUGCAUGGCUACUGUGGAACGAAGAGAAAGGGCUAGAGUUAGUAGAUGCAAACUUGAUCGGAUCCUGUCCGAGAAACGAAGCUCUAAGAUUGAUCCAUAUAUCGUUGUUGUGCGUUCAAGAGGAUCCAAGUUUUAGGCCUACUAUGUCGACAGUCGUCCUCAUGCUCGGGAGCGAAUCAGACCUUCCUCACCCAAAAUCGCCUCCCUUCUCUAUAGGCAAAUCUUUCAUGUUGGAUCAAUCUUCCACCGACGCCGGCACUGGAUGCCUCUCUACCGAUAAAUCUUCAACAAGUGCAUCAAACUAAUUCGGCUUAUGGUAAAAUUCUGUAUGCAAAGUCCAUGAGAUUUAAUUAUCCCAAUUUCAUAUACAUGGAUUCACCU